AUGCCGGACAGCAAAACCUCCUCCCGCCCCGCCAGCGUGUCCACGACAUCCAGCCUGAUGCAGGAUGUUCCUGGUGCAUUCCCUGCUGGGCCGCAAUCUCGCCCAGAAGACGAUGAGGACGAAGAACAGCCAGAGGUCACUCAUCAAAGCUUAUCGCAAGUCGUCUACGCGAGAAGAGCAGAGUAUGUGAAACCGCGCAGAGUCAGGAUCAAAGUGGGCAGUUGGAAUGUUGCUGCAUUCAAGGGGACCGAGAAAGAUGUUGGAGGCUGGUUCGUUGGAGGGCGAGGGGUGGCGGAAAGGUUGACGGGGUUGAAUAUUGACGAUCCUGGAGAAAGAGAAGAAGUCGCUGAGCAGGAGAAUCGGUAUGAGAGGGGGCAAUCUACCAUACCGAUUGGAGAUAGUGGGAACCUGCCGAAAGACGAUGAGGUGGGACUAUACUUCCUUGGUUUGCAGGAAGUGGUGGAUGUCAACUCAGCAACAGAAGCCCUGAGGCCAUACACAGACCCGUCGGCCGCCAACAAAUGGAAGGAAGCUAUGCAGGCAGCAUUACCGGAAGGCUAUCAACUGGUCACAGAGCAGCAACUGAUUGGUCUGCUACUUCUCGUCUACGCAGCACCAGAUGUAGCCAAAGACGUCAAGUCCGUCAGCACUACCAGCGUUGGAACUGGAUUGAUGGGCUACAUGGGUAAUAAGGGCGCUGUCACUGCCAGGAUAGUGCUGGGUGAAACAACACGGCUUGUAUUCAUCAACUGCCAUCUGGCAGCGGGCGCAGACAAGGCGGCUCUGGAGCGCAGAAACUGGGACGCUCAGCAGAUCGUAAGCCGCACUCGGUUCGAGCCCAUCCAGGAUGCUAUGGAUCUGGCCCAGACUACCGGCGAGCAGAUUGGCGAUGAGGACUUCGCGUUCUGGUGUGGUGAUCUAAAUUAUCGUUUGGAAGGUAUACCAGGUGACGAUGUCCGGAGACUGCUCAUGCUUCACACACGGAACGAAUAUGAUCUCAGCCAGAGAUCAGCUCAGAAGGUCGAGAAGGAGCUACAACGAGCCAAGGAUUCAGCAAACGGCAGAGUUGACGGUGACUCUGCGCCUCCAUCUGCUCGAUCCAGUGCGGACAUCCGAAGAAGUGCAGAGAAACGGCAUUCUCGUACGCUAGCCGAUGACAUCUACGCCAGCGAAGAUCCCACGUCUCUUCAAACAACACUCUCGUCCCUUCUUCCACACGACGAACUUCACCAGCAAAUGCAAAGUCGCAAGGCAUUCCACGAUGGCUGGCAAGAAGGUCCCAUCACUUUCCUCCCUACCUACAAAUACGACCCUGGCAGUGUCGGUGUCUUCGAUUCCAGCGAGAAGAAGCGCGCACCAAGCUGGUGCGACCGUAUACUAUGGCGGACCAGACGCGACAAAGUCACUUAUGAGAAGACGAUUCGUGAGGAGCAAGAUGCCAAAAAGAAAGACGCAGAGUGGAAGGCGAACGGUACUGACCUUGCUGCGAGCGAUGAGGAGAUUCUUUACGAUUACGACCCUGACAUGGAUGGCGCUGACGCCAACGAUGACUACAACGAAUAUGAUGAGUACGAUGAUGCAGAGGACGGCGUUGUCAUCACAAAAGAAGGUUUUGAAGACGAGAUCCAAUUGGAAUACUACACGGCCCACCAGAGAGUUCUGUCGAGCGAUCACAAGCCCUUGGAUGCCAGCUUUGUGCUGAAAUACGACGCGGUCAUCCCAGAGCUGAAGGCAAAGGUUCAUGCAGAGGUUGCACGGGAGUUGGACAAGGCCGAGAAUGAAGGCAGGCCUAAUGUCACCGUUGUGGUUGACUCACACAACGACACGCUCGCAUCCGCAGACGACCGGCCAGCAGAAAAGUUCGAGGGCGUCUGGUUCGGCGACGUGAGGUGGGCGCAGAGCAAGCACCGAUCUUUGACGGUAGCAAACACCAGUCGCGUCGAAGCUACGUUUUCGUUUAUCGAACGGCCCGUUGCUGGAGAGCAGACUCCUGGUAUUGCGCCAAAAUGGCUCACAAUCAAGAUCAACGAUACCGCGCUCCCGAACGACAAGCCGCAUUCAGAGAGCGUAACGCUCGAGCCUGGCGAAUCGUGCAACGUAGAACUGGAGUUGCGCAUCAUGGGCACGACCGAUGUGCAGAAGCUGAACGACGGCAAAGGCUCUCUGGAAGAUAUCCUCGUGCUCAGGGUAGACAACGGGCGAGACCACUUCAUUCCUGUGAGAGGGAGAUGGCUCGACAGUAGCCUGGGCAGAUCAAUCGACAAACUUGUGAGAAUUCCCGAAGGUGGCAUACGAAAACUGCAACGACAGAAACCGAAGGCAAAGACAAAGGCCGUAACCAGCGCCGUCUCUGCCGCGAAUGAACUAUCAAAGAGCGCAGGCAGCGCAGAAGAGUCUACGAACAAGUCUUCGCUAUCGCUGCCGAAUGAUGAAGAUGCCGAUGAAAACCCAGUACGUUUCUCUGCACCGCGCGAACUGUUCCGGCUGACGGAAGCGGUAGAAGAGCUGAGCACGAGAGUCGUGGCAGAGUGGGAGAUGAUGUACGCGCCAGUACCUACCACGCCUACCACGCCUCGAGCGUCUUCUGAGGAAUUGACGGCGCCCUCCGCGCCCUGGAACGACCAUCCUGGCUGGCCGUUUGAUGAAGAAUGUUGGACAGAAUGCUCCACGUCAGUCUGGACGGAGGCGUUGAGUGAGGCGUGCAAUGCGCUUGACGAAGAUACGGCUUUGGAGUCGGCAACGCCUGCAGAGAUGCCGCGAAUACAGAGGCUUUAUGUUCUGUGUUCUCUACUCGUGCUGUUUCUGAGAAGCAUGCCUGACGGUAUUAUUUCUGUUCACAUCUGGCCUGAGAUCGAGAAGUACGCGAUUGACAUCGAGAAAAUGAAGAACAAGCCUACGAAUGACGAGCAAAGGACAUCGAUCCAGGAGACAUUGGUGACGGUGGGAGAGGGCUGGAACAGCAUCAGUUUCAUUCUCGUCAUGAGCAUGCUAGAGCGAAUGUUGCAGGAACGGUACUCUUCCACACCUGAUCUUUCCACGACAGGAGGGCAUGUGAGGAGCAACAGCAAAGAGUCUACGGCAUUAAACCCACUCAGCCCCACGAAACGAGCUGGUGGGACCUUGAAGCGCAUCGUUACAGGGAAGGGCAAUACGACCACGCUACAACAGCUCGAUUCCGCCGGUAGGAAAGACAAGACGAUCAAGGCGUGGGCGAGAGUAUUUGGCGAAGCUAUGAUAAGGACACCAGACGCCGGCGACAAAGCGAAGGCGGCGGCAGCGAAGAGGAGAGAGGGCGUUGUGGAGGUUUUUUUGAAGAGGGAUUGA